AUGCAAGGCUUGAAACAAUUCCUCACCUCGGCGGCGCUCUUCGCCGUUGCCUCUCAAGCACACACUUGGAUUGAGCAGCUCCAAGUCAUCGGCUCAAAUGGCUCAUACACUGGCGACUAUGGCUAUCCUCGUGGGUACGUCGCUCGAACCGAUCAAGGCUUCACCGGCGACAGUGACAACUAUCUCCUGCCACCCUUGUCCUCGGGUCGAAUCAGGAUCGAUCAAACGGACAUGCUGUGUCAUCCGUCUCAAAGGACACCCAAUUACAGUGCCAAAUACCCCAAGUUGGCGGUUGCACCGGGAGAUUGGGUCGCGAUGAAAUAUCUCGAGAAUGGUCAUGUCACUCAACCGUGGGUGCAAGCCGGUAAACCAAGCGGUGGUGGGACGGUCUAUGUCUAUGGUACCACUGCUCCAGAUUCGUCGGCAAAGAUCCUGGACGUCCUCCAGUGGACAGCCGAUGGCAAGGGCGGUAAUGGCAAAGGGUUCUUGAUCGGUGCCCAGGACUUCGAUGACGGCCGCUGCCACCAGAUCAGCAACUCCGCCGUUUCCCUCUUCCGACAGCAAGCGAAUGCCAACCACGUGCAAAACCAGCCAACCUCCCAAGUCGAACAGUGGUGCGAGACCGAUAUCCAAAUACCAAAGCAGGUCGAUGGCUCCAGUCUCACCGUCUACUGGGUCUGGUCCUGGCAGACCGCGGUCGGAUCUCUCGGUGCGCCAUACGGCAAGGACGAAUACUACACCACUUGCAUGGACUUUGACAUC